AUGGGGUGCACGCGUGAUGCCAUCCUGGAUGCACUGGAGAACCUGACUGCAGACGAGUUCAAGAAGUUCAAGAUGAAGCUGCUUUCAGUGCCGCUGCAUGAAGGCUAUGCAUGCAUCCCACAGGGGACGCUGCUGCCCAUGGAUGCUGUGGACCUCACCGACAAGCUCAUCAGCUACUAUCUGGAGGCGUACGGUGCCAACCUCACGGCGCUCGUGCUUUGCGACAUGGGCAUGUAGUAGGUGGCAAAGCAGCUGCAGGAGACCUUGGGCCCUGGAACCGUGCCAACCGAGAUCAAGGCCCCUCGCCAGACAGCAGCCAAGCCAACACUGCACUUUGUGGACCAGCACCGGGCGGCCCUCAUUGCGCGGGUCACAGCCGUGGAUGGGGUGCUGGACGCCCUGUAUGGCAAGGUCCUGACAGAGGAGCAGUGCCAGGCAGUGCGGGCGGAGCGCACCAAUCCUACCAAGAUGAGGAAGCUCUUCCACUUUGCUCCAGCCUGGAACCUGGCCUGCAAGGAUCUGCUCCUCCAGGCCCUGAGGGACACCCAGCCCUACCUGGUGGUCGACCUGGAGCAGAGCUGA